AUGGAUGCCAUUACCCUCUCAUCACACUUCUUUUUUCAACAGUGGGAUUUCAAAUCAUACAAAGAGAUGGGAAAGGGUCAAAAUCAAAAUGGGAAGAGAAGGCAAGAAGAAGAGAAGGGAAAGGGAAAAAAAGAAGAACAGAAAAAGAUAACAGAAGUUGUGGUUAAAGUUUAUAUGCAUUGUGAAGGCUGCAAACAUAAACUCUCUAAAUGCUUGAAAGCUUCUCGCCAUGGUGUGGAGGAAGUGGCAGCUGAUAUGGAAAAUAAAAAAGUAGUAAUAAAAGGAAACGAUCUAAACCCAGAGAGAAUAAUGGAAGAAAUUAAGAAAAAAUACUCAAAAAAUGUGGAACUUAUUUCUCCUAAGGAACUGCCUGAUACUUCCAAACAAAACAAACCUGAACCUAAAAAGGAAGAGGUUCAAAUGAAGACAGUGGAACUAAAAAUGAAUAUGCAUUGUGAAGGCUGUGAAAACGACAUCAAACAAACCAUUGGGAAAAUGGAAGGAGUAAUGAGAGUGGAAACAGAUAGAGAGAGUUCAAAAGUGAUAGUGAAGGGAAUGAUUGAUCCUCCAAAGCUAAUGGAAUGCAUUAAAAAGAGAAUGGGAAAGAAGGUUGAGAUUUUUAAUAAGAAAUCUGAAGACAAAUCAAGCAACAACAAAGAUUCAAAUGUUCAACACAAGUUGGAUCAUUUUACAUUUAAAUAUCCUCCUCAAUAUUCCUUGCUUCAUAUUUACCCCAAUCAAACUUUUAGUGAUGAUAAUGUAUUUUCAUGUUCUAUUAUGUAA